CACAACGCGACAGUGACUAGUCAACACAAACAAAACCGAGUGUGCCGCAGUGGCGAAGUUUGCCUAAAAUAAUUCCACAAGGUAAACAUUUCGGUUUUGUUUUUUUUCAUUCCUGGAUCACAUCACAAUUCCACUUUUAGUAGUCGCUAUCCGAAGCAGAAGUGAAUGAGGUUGGACCGUCUGCUGCCGUUGUGUUAGCACGCCCGCUGCUGGGAUGGGCCAGCAGAUCUCAGGUCAGGCGCUGAUGACCCGUCUACCUGAGAAGCUGGUGAAACAUGCCGGGCUGGUGCGGGACAGCGGCUACCUCACCUACGAGGAGUUUCUGGCCAGAGUGGCCGAGCUCAACGACGUGACCGCCAAGCUCGCCGCGGGGCAACAGAAGCACCUCCUGUUUGAAGUCCAGCCGGGAUCCGACGCCACCGCCCUGUGGAAGGUGGCCGUCAGGGUUGUUUGCACCAAAAUCAACAAGGACACCGGCAUGGUGGAAGCAUCGCGCAUCAUGAACCUGUACCAGUUCAUCCACCUGUAUCGCGACGUCACCAGUCAGGCUGCUGGGGUGUUGUCCGCAGAGGGCGCCACCGAGGCCUCGUCCGCCCAGCUUCCUGCCGCCGACUCCUGCCAGGCCAGCAUGUGGAUGGGCAGAGUGAAGGAGUUGACCGAUGAGGAGGAAUGCUGCAUCUGUAUGGACGGGAAGGCUGACCUCAUUCUGCCCUGCGCGCACAGCUUCUGCCAGAAGUGCAUCGAUAAAUGGAGCGGGCAAAGCCGAAACUGCCCCAUGUGUCGCCUGCAAGUGACGGCCGCCAACGACUCGUGGGUGAUGUCCGACUUCCCCACCGACAACGACAUGGCGGGGUACAUUCUCAACCUGGCGGACGAGGCAGGCCACCCUCACCAGCCUUAACGCACACUCGGAGAGGACGCCGCCUGUACCAAGUACUCAUUUUAAAUAUAUAUAUAUAUAUAUAUAUAUACA